AUGCUAGUAAUCUGGAAAACGCAGGAGCUUCAUACUCCAUCUUUCGCUUUGUUAUUUUGUUUGGCAGUCUCUGACUUCCUCGUUGGACUGGUUGGCCAGCCCUCGUUUGUUGCAUACAAGGUAGCGGAGCUUUUGGAAAAUUUCAACGAAUAUUGUAAUGUGCGAAUGACUCAGUACUUUACUGGUUGGAUAACUUCGGGAGUAUCUUUUUUGACUCUAAGUGGAGUUUGUGUCGACCGACUUCUCGCUUUAACUCUUCAUUUGCAAUACAGAAACACGAUCACCCUGCGACGGGUUGUAAUAGCAAUGAUAACAGUUUGGCUGUUUUGCUUCAUUGUUGCCAUCGUCAGGUUUUGGUUUCGAAACUGGCUCAUUUUGCCUAUUACUACAUCUGUGUUGGCCACUGGAGUGACUGCACUCUGCACUAUUAGGAUAUUUCAAAUUGCAAAUAGACAUCAACGCCAAAUAAGAGAACAAAAUCGAUCCAUGGUUAACUUACAAAACGAACGAGGUGAUGCAUUCAAAUGUAAAAAGUCAGCUAUCACGGUUCUUUACGUGUAUGGCUUAAUGUUAGUGCUCUAUCUCCCACUCAUUGCAGUUAGUGCAGCGGAAGCAUUUCACGGCUAUACAACUUCAUUAAAGAUCGGUUGGGAUUACGCUACAACGAUUGGUUUCAUAAGUUCGUCGGUGAAUCCUGUCAUUUAUUCUUGGAGAACUAAACAAGUACGUCGUGCGAUAAUAGAAUAUUUAAGAAAACUUACUCAGGGGAACAAUUCAGCAGCAGCUGCAGAAUCUGUUCAAUAACCUUAGUGGACAGCACGGUUUCUGACUCAUCGACAUCUUUGUUCUGACACAUUUUGUAAUAAAAUUGGUAUGAAUGGUUAAAAGCGAUGAAACCCACGAAAAACUAUUUUCUUCACGAUGACAAUAAUAAUAGUGGCAAUACGGACAUGUUUCACCAUCAGAAAGUGUUCGACGCCUGUGAUCUGUGUUUUCAUUUACAAAAUUUAGUGUCUUGAAUAUUUAAUGCGGUUAUUGAUGUGGGUAGAGCACGGUUUAAAUACUGGGUACACAAUAGUUUCAAGUGCUGCGACUUUCAAGUCUUUUUCAUCGGAGAGAUUGCCAAUUGCCAGUGGGCAGAAUUAAUUCCCCUCUUGAUUCUCGUGAGAAAAGAAAAAACAAGAUGAGGCGCAAAAGUUGCAUUUUGCACUUUGAUGUUUCAGUGCCAGGAUAUGAUACUGACUCAUUAUGUCCUUUUAGGUCUGUAAGAGAGAAAACAGGAAACAAAUUGGUUUUUCAAGAGAAAACAAAAGGCACCCUCACGCUGAGAAUCGAACCGGCUAAGGCCGCGCCGGUGAGAAUAAUUUUAACUUUGGGAGAAAAAAAAACAUCUUGAAUUGGGUGUAGUCAGUCAUAAUAAAUUUCCGCCAUUUUCAAAUCACCUGUUGAAGGGUAUCGUUAAACUUACCACUUUCUAGCUGUUGGCGUGAACUUAAAGGCAAGAUCUUGCUUCUGGCUGAGACUAUAUGACCUACUACAAAACUUUUUUACGCAGUUUGAUUAUUACAUGAUGUACAUUUAUAACCGAUGCAAAAUGCAAAAUAUCAGGAAAUUACUUUUACAAUUAUCUCGCCACCUGCAUGAGACAAUUACCAUUGCACACAUGUUCUAGAAGUUUCAGGUUUCAGGUUGACACUUACCCAACCGAGCUCAUGUUAUUCAACUCAGAUCAAAAAUAUAAACGAUAUUUCGGUGAACUUGAGAACAUUCGUUCAACUCAUUCAACUUCCCUAUAUUUCUAUGUUUCCUGGCCUAGUUUUUACAUAUAUUGAGCUCGCCGUGAAUAGCUAUUGUUGAAUAUUCUUUUUUAGGGACUCACAUUCAGAAGUCAGAUUUUAAUCGCUCUUGGUAAAUAUAAACUUUUAUGUGAUUUUGUUAUAUACUUAGACUUUCACUCAACAAAACAAGCACUGUGAUUGGUUGAUUCUUGGUCACGUGCCCCUAAUCAAACUCAAAUGUAUCUCGACCGGGAUAAAAUUGCGCAGUUGUUGCCCGCGCGCCGAAUACAACGGUACGUUUGUUUGUUUUGCCAUAUGAUUGUUUAAGGGAAAGUCUUUAUAUAUAACAAAGCACUUAAUGUAUGAUCCCGAGGGAAACAGUUAGUUUUGUUUUCCCUUAUGUUUCCUACGACUUCGUUUCGGGAAACAUCAGGACUCUCAAGAAAACAAAACAAACUGUUUCCCUCGGGACCGUACAUGAAGCGUAUAAUAGGGCCCAAACGGGUAUUAACUUGUUUCGAUUCGUAAUAACCAAGAAAUGCAAUUAGCAUGCAUGGUUCUCAUCAAGAGAAACUAUUUACUCUUGUUCUCAUACAUUGUUUUGGAACGUAAAUUGCCCUCAAUGUAAAUAGUUCUGGCUAAAUCUAAGCUAUUUUCAUUGAGAGAGAACUACAUAUUAGAUAUUAUUAUGUAGGUCUUCGCAAACACUGGUGGACUAACAACUAUUACAAUAUUGACGAGUCAAUGUUUAUACAGAACAAUUCAGUUUUUAGUUAAGUUCUGAGAGUUUUUCCAAUCGCGGCUGAUUAACAUGAUGAAACCUGCUUAUGGCAGAAACUUGCAAAAUGUUUUUCUCGGCGUUCCUUUUAUAAUAUCGAUGUAAAUGCUCUUUCCUGUCUCCUCAAGCGUAAUGUAAGAGUAAAUUGCGUGAAGACUUCAGAGUAAUUUUGAUUUAGUAACGUCGCUUUUUAAGAGCGAUAGUGACACGUUUACAAAGCUAAGCCUGAUAGAUGCUGCUGCUGGAUCCUAGUCAAGGGCAUCGGUACAAACCGAAUGCAUGGAAUCAAAAGAAAUACAGCUUAAACAAUACCUGAGUAUUCAGUACAAGCUAUACUCCAGGAGAAGCAAACUAAAAUCCUGUAAGAUUUUAUUACAAUUUGGGAUACGGCUUUAUUUUCUUGAAAAUCGGACAUCCCAGAGGAUAAUACUACAUGCUUUCCCUCAUUCCAUGAAACACGAUGAGAAAAAACUGACCAUCUUAUCUUAUCGACGAAAGAGCAAUUCAUCUAAUGAUUUUGGAAUACGGCUGGCAUAAGAGUGAUUAGCUGUCAACUCGAGCUCACACUUUUUUUAUUUGCAUGAUCCGCGCGAAAGUCAAAGUUAUAGUGAUAGCCGCGCGGACUGGGGCUAAGAGGGGAUUGCUUUCUACGAGAACACUUUACUCCUAUAAACUCAACUACUUUAUUAAACAAGUUAUAAUAUUCUACCUAAGGAGCAAUUCCUAGACGCAGUACAGUAGUUAUCCUCAAUCAAGAAAUAGAUAUUUUGGGACGAUACAAUGAAUGCUAUUUUCUGUCAGAUGAGGAUUUUCAAAGCGAGUCCUGAUGCUCAUCGUAUCAAUUCAUAUGAUUAUAAGAAAAUUAAAGAGAUCAAAUGAAUCCUAAGAAAUAAUUACCGUAGCUGUAGCAUUAAUUUAAUCAACUUUUAUUUGUGGCAAUGCUUUGAGAAGCUAUUUUCCUUUGUAGAUAUUUGAGUACAACUUAUAUAUUGAGAUGGUGAGUUCCCACGUGGUCUAGUGGCUAGGAUUCGGCGCUCUCACUGCCGCGGCCCGGGUUCGAUUCCCGGCGUGGGAAUGAUUUUGUAGAUUGCUCUUUUCCAUACUUUUUAAAUUUUAAAUAACUGGCCAGAAAACUCACGAGGCGAACUAGACUAUAUCAGCUAUUGUCUUUUCCAAAUAACAAUCAUGGCGAUGACACUUCUCGAUAAUGUAUUCAAUGAAAACAUUGCGCUACCUUUCCGACAUGCAAUACGAGAGUAAAGCGCCUUCAGGAGGGGUCAUCGGCUUCUGGCGCCGAAUAUAGACUUAUAGACUGAGUCCGGUAUUCUGGUGUUAUCCUUUUAUACGAUUGUGAGUUUUCAUUAACAUGCAAAUUAAACUCAUUUUCAUACGAGUGGCUUAGCACCAGGUCUCGUUUUGAAAAGGAGGCCAAAGGUAAUUCGGGAAUGGCCUAUUACUUUUCGUUGCAUAUAGCAUGCUGGUUAGGUACUAGCGUGUUUUUUGGUGGGUAGCCAUGGCUGUAUUUCGAUUGUCAUCAACGUUCCUCAAUGAACGGAAAACAUAUCUAUCAAACGUUGUUCAUGUGCCUUUCUGACUAAACCUAAAGCUCUAUGCAAAUUAGGCUGUAUAUUAAAUUGAUAUUAUAUUGACAUAAAAGCUGUAGCUGAAGUUGCUUAUUUUCUAGUUUGCUUUAAUUUCGCACCGUGCACACGUUUUCAACUUGGUUAUAAUUAAUUGAUAUGAUGUGUUUGCCUUUGAUAUUGUUGACUGGUUGUUUCCGCGUCUCCAUUCACUUCCAAACGUCUCUCACUAAUCGUCAUAAUGGUUGCGAUACUCCAAAUAUUUUCAUAUCUGAUAGUCAAACCGUUACUUUCGAAAUUAAAAAAUUGACGUUGACUUAUCAAAAGCAUGCAAAUGAACUUUGAUAGCUUUGAUAACUUUCUUAAAUUUGUCUUUUCGGCAGGUGUUAACUGAUUGGAGUAAGUUUCCUUGAAGCGGCAUCUGUGCCUCUGAUAUCGCCCGCUCAAAAUGGUAUUUCUGAACGUUGAUCGUUCCUUCAAAAAGCGAAAAAAUUGGUGUUAACUCAUCAAGGAAAACAAUGAAUUCUAAUAGCUCAGAGAACGAGUUAGUUUUUUCAAUUUUCACCUCGGGAAAUCAGUGCUAAUUGUUUGGAGUAAGUAUUUUUGAGAUACCACCUGUGCCGUAUAAAUCGCCCGCUCAAAAUGGUAAUUUUUUUUCGGUGUUUUUGUCCUUUAAAUAUAGUUUAAAUCAAAACAAGACAUGGUCUUUCGAAAGUGAAUUUUUUUAUCUAUGGACCAUAUUUAUUCAUGAGUCAUGAUAGAGAAACAUUCCGUUUCUGUUUGCUCGAAUUUAUCCAUCAUGAAUUCAUCAGACGCGGUGACAUGCUUUUUCUUUGAGGGACCUCACACGCUGACUAGUCAUGAGGCUACAGCAAGUGUUGUAUGUGUGUGCGCAGUUAGCUCUCUCUUUGCUCUGACUGCAUUACUUGGAAAUUUCAUCGUCAUGCUAGUAAUCUGGAAAACACGGGAGCUUCAUACACCAUCUUUCGCUUUGAUAUUUUGUUUGGCAGUCUCUGACUUCCUCGUUGGACUGGUUGGCCAGCCCUCGUUUGUUGCAUACAAGGUAGCGGAGCUUUUGGAAAAUUUCAACGAAUAUUGUAAUGUGCGAAUGAUUCAGUACUUUACUGGUUGGAUAACUUCGGGAGUGUCUUUUUUGACUCUAAGUGGAGUUUGUGUCGACCGACUUCUCGCUUUAACUCUUCAUUUGCAAUACAGAAACACGAUCACCCUGCGACGGGUUGUAAUAGCAAUGAUAACAGUUUGGCUGUUUUGCUUCAUUGUUGCCAUCGUCAGGUUUUGGUUUCCAAACUGGCUCAUUUUGCCUGUUACAACAUCUGUGUUGGCCAUUGGAGUGACUGCACUCUGCACUAUAAGGAUAUUUCAAAUUGCAAAUAGACAUCAACGCCAAAUAAGAGAACAAAAUCGAUACAUGGUUAACUUACAAAACGAACGAGGUGAUGCAUUCAAAUGUAAAAAGUCAGCUAUCACGGUUCUUUACGUGUACGGCUUAAUGUUAGUGCUCUAUCUCCCACUCAUUGCAGUUAGUGCAGCGGAAGCAUUUCACGGCUAUACAACUUCAUUAAAGAUCGGUUGGGAUUACGCUACAACGAUUGGUUUCAUAAGUUCGUCGGUGAAUCCUGUCAUUUAUUCUUGGAGAACUAAACAAGUACGUCGUGCAAUAAUAGAAUAUUUAAGAAAAACUACU